AUGAGUUGGGAAUUAAUUAUUGGAUCAAUUCCUAAAUCAGUGACGUGUGUAGCUUUAAAAGGUGGAUUCAGUCAAAAAUUAACACCAGGUCUAAUUCCAGAAACUGUAUUAGACUUUAAAAUUGGUGAUACCAAUCAAGUUUUAAUGGUUGGAUCAAUUCCAAAUAGUGUAAAGAGACUCUAUCUAUUCCGUAAAUUCAACCGAAAAUUAAGACCUGGUAUAAUUCCAAAAGGUGUUACAGAGUUGUAUUUAGGUAAUAAGAAUGAUGUAUUAAAGGUUGGUUCAAUUCCAAAUACUGUAAAUACUAUCUAUUUAAAGGGGAAUUUCAAUCAAAAGUUAAUACCUGGCAUAUUACCAAACGAUGGUUUCAAAGAACUACAUAUUGGUCCCAUAGAAUUAAAAGUAUUAGAGAUUGGUUCAAUUCCUAAAACUGUAAAGAGUGUAUUUUAA